GAAGGUGGAAGCAGAGAUAACAUGUCUGCGAUUGUUUGCGGUAGCAAGAGAUCUCUGUUCGAGGAUUUGUCCGCCGCUUCUUCCCCUCCCGUCUCCAAGAAACUCCGUUACUUUUCUUCUUCCUCUGCUCCGCCUCGUUUCCCCUCUCCCGCCUCCUCCUCGCUCCUCCUCAAUCACCUCGCCGCGAUUUUCCCCGAUAUGGAUAAUCAAAUACUUGAGAGGGCAAUCGAGGAAUGUGGAGAUGAUAUUGAUUCUGCGAUUAGAUGUUUGAAUCAGCUUCGUUUAGAAUCAACCAAUAAUAACUCAGAAUCAUCUCUAGUCCAUGAAGAAGCAAAAGUUGAAGGAGGAGGAUCAUCAGGGAAGGAGGAAGUCUUGAACAUGGAUGGCACUGAAUGGGUUGACCUCUUUGUCAGGGAGAUGAUGAGUGCUUCAGACAUGAAAGACGCAAAAGACCGUGCUGCAAGAGCCUUAGAAGCUUUGGAGAAGUCCAUCAACGCACGUGCUGGUGCUGACGCGGCGAUGCAGAGCCGUCUCCAGCAGGAGAACUCGAUUCUGAGGCAGCAGUUAGAAGCUAUUGUCCAGGAGAAUAGUUUGCUUAAACGAGCGGUGGUGACGCAGCAGAAACGGCAGAAGGAGAGUGAAGAUCAAAGUCAGGAGUUGCAGCAUCUGAGGCAGAUGGUUACUCAGUAUCAGGAACAGCUGAGGACUCUUGAGGUGAAUAACUAUGCGCUUACGCUUCAUCUGAAACAAGCGCAGCAGAAUAAUAGUUCAAUCCCGGGACGGUUCCAUCCUGACGUGUUCUAAUGCUUGUGUUUGUCAGAGGAAUGCUCAGAGGUAUCUCUAAUUUCAGUUUUCAGUGGUUUGUUGUAUGUUUCUUCUGUCUUCUACGUUGGUUUGUGGUUAUUAAUAAUACUGAAUUAUGGAAUUGAUUGAUGAAUGGCUAUAGUUGGAGAACAAUAGUGUGUCCGAAGCAGUUGUAUUUUCAGACGAGACUUUGAGACAUGUGUUUUGUAAAGUUACUAGUGUAUUUCAUACUAUUUACAAAAAUUGAAACAGAU